CCUGGUGGGGAAGCAGUACACCAUCAAGAUAGCCGACUUCGGCAUGAGCAGGAAUCUCUACAGCGGGGACUACUACCGCAUCCAGGGGCGGGCGGUGCUCCCCAUCCGCUGGAUGUCCUGGGAGAGCAUCCUGCUGGGCAAGUUCACGACAGCCAGUGACGUGUGGGCCUUCGGCGUGACGCUGUGGGAGACCUUCACGCUCUGCCGGGAGCAGCCCUACUCCCAGCUGUCCGACGAGCAGGUCAUUGAAAACACCGGCGAGUUUUUCCGGGACCAGGGCCGGCAGACCUACCUUCCCCAGCCCGCACUUUGCCCUGACUCAGUCUAUAAGCUAAUGCUCAGCUGCUGGAGACGGGACACUAAAGAUCGUCCCUCCUUCCAGGAGAUCCAUCGCCUUCUCCAAGAGUCAGCCAGUGAAGAAUGACCCUUUGCUUUCCCCCCAGCCCAGUCCCCAUCCCUCCCCAUCCCCAGAGGAGCCCCAUAACGCAAACCAAAGCCACUUCACUUGGACUUAGCAAUAAAACCGGGGCAGCUGGUCUUGUUCUCAUUGUACAGUGAAGCCUCAGAGGAAAACCGCAAGGGCAGCAAGGAGAGUCACGGCGUGGGAUGACUCGGACCUCCCGCUUGCUUGCUGACCUGAGCCCAGGAGCGACGCAGGCUGAGACGAGGGUUAUUUAUUGAUGC